GUUGGGUUACCUUGACAACCACAUGAUGCCUUCUCAUAGGCCGUGCGUUGGAGAAAAGGCCGGGCCAGAAUCGGAGACAGAAAGAGCAUUAAAACAAGAGAAGGCAAGACAGAGUUUAUCUAUUUUUUUACUUGCGUCCGUGUGUUUUGCAAACAGGUCUGAUGGUUGCUGUUGGGUUGGGACGAAAACCCGUCCAGUAACAUCUAGAGUGGUGUCAGUUGGCACCAUGCGUGUUGCACUGCGUCCUCGGAGCGGCUGCCUGGUGCUCUGCCUGUGUCUGUCUGUGAUCACCCUCCUGCUUCAAAGCCUCUGGGUUCCUCUUGAGAUGACCCAGGAUGAAGCUGCUGGGAGGUUUCCUGAAGAACAAGGUGGGCACAGUGUUGGUGUUAAUAAAUUGGUGCUUCGCUUGGAUACUUUGAGUACUCAGGUGCAGAGGCUCAGCAGAGAAAGACAAGACACCCAGCUGAACAAAAAUGCUCUCACCUCACUCCUGCAGAGCUUUAGACAGGAGCAGCAAAGUUUGAGCAAGUUGUUGGAAACAGAGCUGCAGAGAUUGUCCCGGAGACUGGAUCAGCUCAGCAGCCAGCGUUACCGUGACCACAAAGCAUUCAUGCCCACGCCACCCCCAGGACCCACUGAGAAAUGUGAAAUACCAACAGAUCCUGCCUAUCCUGCGUGUGCAGAUAAAACAGAGUUCCUGCAGGCCCAUUGGCAGUCAGACCCCUGCUAUGCUUUUUACGGCGUGGAUGGUACCACCUGCUCCAUCCUGACUUAUCUCAGUCAGAUAGAGAACUUUUGUCCACCCCGUCCUGGAAGGAACCACUCCAGUCUGCCAUGGCUCCUGAAGACCUCUUCAAAUGGAAAGAAGGCUCGUAUACGUGACAGUUUGAGCUCGCUGUAUAAAUCGCUCACCAACAGCAGCAGUUUGGCGAUCAAGUUCAUCCGGUCAAGAGUGGAACGAAUGUCUGACAGGUGGAUCAAAGCUGGUCGGAGUAUGAAACAGAACGGCAGUGACGCAGAUUCCACUGAGAUGAAGGUGCUGCUUUAUCCUGGUGCUCUGGCUGGGAAGGCUGGUCAGCAUUUUGAGGCAAUGGUCGAGAGAGGAGGUCCUCUGGGAGAGCUGGUCCAGUGGGCUGACCUGAGCGCCUGCCUGACAAUUCUGGGGCACAACCUGACCUUCAGCAGCUCACAGCACCAACUACACGGACUAAUAGGAGCUGCACCGGGCCACGGCGGCUGUCCAAUUCAAAGACCUCUCACCUUUGACCUCAUCUACACUGACUACCACGGGCUCGCUCACCUCCAUGGUGCCAUGGGACCGGCCUUUAAUCAUUACAAGUGCCGCUUCAGGAUCUUGGACUCUUUUGGCACCGAACCAGCCUUUAACCUGGCGAGUUACGCACAGAGCCGUGGAUAUAAGACACUGUGGGGUAGCUGGGGACUCCAGCCUCUGCAGUACAUGAACAUGUUCCCUCACACUCCUGAUAACUCUUUCCUGGGUUUUGUGAGUGAGGAGGCACUGAGGAUGGAACCGACUAAAGAUGGGCUGGAGCCAGAAACCUACAGGAAAGAGCGGAUAGCAGUCGUCUAUGGCAAACAAGACUACAUGUGGCAGGGUAAAUCUGAAUACGUACAAAUAAUCAGUGAAGAACUGGAGACUCAUGGCACAGUCUACCAGUCUUCAAGGCAGUCUUCCAUUUUGCCCAGUUUUGUGAAAAACCACGGACUCCUGACACAAGAACAGUUCCUAAAACUUCUCCACAGAGCCAAAGUAUUUGUAGGACUCGGUUUCCCAUACGAAGGUCCUGCUCCCAUUGAAGCCAUCGCUUUGGGCUGCGUUUUCCUCCAACCACGCUUUGACCCUCCACACACGUCAGACAGCAACAACUUCUACAAGGGCAAACCCACCACAAGAAAAAUAUCCUCCCAGCACCCAUACGCCGAGCAGUUCAUUGGUGAACCGUACGUGCUGACCGUGGAUACGACCAACAGGACUGCUGUUCGAGAGGCAGUCAAGUCUAUUCUAACCACUGAGGUGAAACCUUUCACUCCUCGAGAGUUCACUUGUGUGGGAAUGCUGGAGCGGGUUCAUAGUUACAUCACCCACCAGAACUUCUGCAGUAAAUCCGUUCCUACUUGGCCUCUAGAAAGUGCUUUGAUGGUGCACUUGGGCCCACUGGGUGAGUCCUGUGUGAGUGUGUGUCAGCGCUCGUCACUGUGGUGUGAGCCCGCUCUCUUUCAUCACCUCAACACUCCAGCUGCUUUCACCAGGCUUGGACUGAGCUGCUCUCGGAUGGUGCAGGAAGUCAACCAUCUGUUCCCCUCUUACAACCCGUGGGGUCGUCUCUGCGGCCUUCAGCAGGAGACUCUGCUGUUUAGUUGUGCUGGCUCUGACCCUUCAGACCGCAGACUGUGUCCCUGCAGCGCUGGACAGGUGGCGCUGUGCCCACAGUGCAUUUAAAUGCCACUACGAAGGAAUACAGACGGAAAAAUCUCACCGCUUCCAAUGCACACAAGAAUUUGGCCAUACGAUACAUAUCCUGAUACACGUCUCGCAAAACAAUAUAUAUCGCGAUAUAUCCCAAGACUGUACCAGAACAAUUUCCCAGGUUCUUUUUUUUUUUUUUUUAAGAGUAUGACUAAGUACUACAUGUCUCAUAAUAACAAAAACCAUGAGACUGAACAUUUAACACAAGCUGGUUCUGCUGCAAUGUAGAGCUGAUCAAAGUGUGCUGCCAUCUAGUGGUCGGAGGUUUAAGUGAAAAAUAAAUGUAAGACGCAAAUUAAUUAAAUAUCGUCUUGUCAUCAUUUAAAAUCCAUACAAGUGAAAUAUCAAGAUAUAUCACGAUAUAUCAGCAGCAGUCGUUAUAAACCAGCUGAAAGUUUUACAAUCUUGUCUGUAAAAAAGUUGGUAAUUAUUUAUGUUGUAAAAUAAAAAUAUUUUGAAAUAUAUAGAGAAUAUUUUUUUUACAUUAUAAUGACUGUAUAAAUUAAAGUAUACCAACUAAAAAAUGUAUACAUUUCCAUCAUUCAUUAUCUUAGAACUGGAAUAUUUUUAAAUUAGUCUGCAAAUAAUUUUUUAAAUGAAAAAUGUACCAAUCUAAAUGGGUUUAAUUCAUGCGUGGAUAAUGCCGCUAUGCUAGCUAUGAAGAUUACUUUUCCCCUCAAAGGAGAGAGCAUGACAGGCUAAGUGAUGAAGCUCAUUAUCUGGGUGAAUCGUGGAUAACCUCUGGAUGCCAUUGGGAGGUCAGUGCUGGACGACCAUAAUUAUAUUGUUAUAUGAACUAUUGGUUUCCAAUUGUCUGACUUAGGAAACCCCCUCAACAGAGUUUUACAGCCUAUGCAAGUGAUGGCAGAGCUGCAUUGUUUGCCUUUUCAAGUCACAACGGACCGGCUUAAUUGUGUUUUUUUAAGUCAUUUGCUAGAAAAUAACACCUUGAAACCAUUUUGAUGAUAACAUAUGAUAACAAAUGACUAAUGUUGCUCAGAGGUGCUCUAUUACCUCCUAACCGUGACCAGCGUAUAGCCUCAAAUCAUGACCCUGAACCUCCCGAGGGUGUUUAGUCAUUUCAGCCACGAUGAGAAAAAAUCCAAAAUGGAGAAUUCUACUCAUUUCUGUGUCUGAUUCAACGGGUUUAAAGAAAGAAACGAAGGGUUUUUAUUUUUUAUUAGAAUGACUUACUAUAGCAGACAAAGAACGGGUCAAAUGUGAGUGUAACUGGCUGUGAAAUGUCCCAUGAAAACAUAGCUUAAUUAAGGCCAAAAGUGAUGGAAUUUAUCUUUGGUUUAUGUCAAACAGCAAUUCUGGAACAAAAACGGACACAGAUUCAGAGUUAAUUCCUUGACUCAGAGGGCUACAUUCAGGAAAAAGAUGUCAUUUCUGGAUGAGUCACAUCAGUUUAUAUCACAUAUACAUGUGCUGUGCCAACAUAAAAGCUGUCACUCACUUCCCAGGGGGCCAACAGGCAAUCCAAGGCUCCAAAAACAUUUGAACGUGGUCAAAAGUUUCCAUGUUCCACACUUCUGCAGACUUUCCUCACAGCAUGGGAGAGCAGAACUAACAGGAUUGAGAAGUUCGCUCCAAACCCAUUUGACUGUGACAGGCGGCAUGAUGUCCCUCAAGACGAGAAGAGAUUUGUAUUACGGGGAAAGUUCAUGUCAUUGGAGCUUUGUGGUUUUCUAUGAAUCAAACUGAACGGCUAAAGAUGGAGAUGAGAUGUCUUAAAUCAGCUCCACACAAACGUGAUAGAUGGGUGAUAUUCAUCCUAAACUACUAGAAAUUACAUCUACAUGUCUGGAAUUUAGUUAUAUGCAAACGGCAUUAAAACCAACAUCAAUACUGUUCCCAUGACUCCUAUAGAAUUGAUUUAUGUUGGAAAAAUACCAAAUUACUUAUUUUAAGUUGCAUUUCUGUCAUUAUUUGGAUAAAAGUUUAAUUUAAGGAAAAGUCAAACAGAUAAAAAUACUUUUCUCCAAAAAUGAAGGUUUGGUUUUCUGUUAAAAACAGCAAAACUAAAAUACAUGUUUACACUAGAACUGUGAAAUAAAUCAUUUUUACGGUCUUUGUGUUGUUUACUGUGUAUAAUUUCAGUUGCUACAUGAUUUUUUUUAACAAAAGAAAAUACUUAAUUAAAAUGCUCUUCUUCUGUUACAAAGAAAUAUAUAUUUUUUGUCAUUUUAAGAACACAUUAAAAAAUACUUGAAAACCAUGAAGAGUAAUUUAUUUGCACAUCUUUCUAAAUGCACUUUGAUCUGACUAGAAAAAAAAAUUAACCUAAAAAAUUAACCUAAAUCAAUGACAUUUUUCUGUUUUUUUUAAAUUAUUUUUAAUAUUUUUUAUCAUUUUUGCCACAAGUUCUAAAAAAAGAUAAAUAAAACAACCAACAGUAAUCAUCAGAGAAGCAUGCAACCACUAAAAUAAUAGAAUUAAAACAAAAAUGAAUAUAAAUUAAAAAAAAAAUAUAUAUAUAUAUACAUAUAUAUAUAUAUUAAGAGAUAAAUGAAAUAGCUCCUUUGUGAAUCUUUACACUAACACAAUGAAACACAGGUUAACCCCCAUACAUGUACAGAGGAGAAACAAUGCAAAAAAAUGUAAUUUUUGUGUGGGUGGAUGAAAUUUGGUCAAUCUGCUCCAUUAAAGAGAAUAAAUAUUUAUUUGAUUAUUUUUUUCAAUUUUUCAUAUAUAAAACUUCAGCGUAACCUGAUGGCUGGUCUUAUAAAAAGUAAAGGUCAAGUCAGGAAAAAAUUAACUUUUCAUUUAAGUUUGGGAUUUUUAUUUUUUUUAAGAAAUGUUAAGUUGUUAGGAAAAAAGAGGAAUUUAAUGGCUAUGAUUUUUAAUGUGAUAUGAUUUAAAGGAGAUAAUUAAUUGAUCAAAUAAACCACAUCAAAGCCUUUCAGACAUCAUGCUUUCUAUAAUAUCUACAUAGAAAACACCACUUUUACAAAAAAAAAAAAAUCUUAUUCCUGUUCUAAGAAAACACUUAAAACCUUUUGGAACUAAAAAAUAACAUUUGUCUUAAAUUUCCUCAGAAGACUUCAGUAUAAAGACAGUCUGGAGGCUGUUCUUGAAUCAAACAAACUUGGCAGACGUUCUCUUGUUCUGCAUUUACCAUUGGUUUUGGCCCCCUGAGAUUCCUCACUGUUUCUGCUACUAUUGUGUUUUCAUGCUGGUAUGCUUCUGGUUAUUGUACUGUUGAAAUAAAAAUCCUCACCUCAGUUAAAGCAGCUCUAAGCAGUGUGGGAAACGUUUUCUCUGUAUUUUUCUACAUCCAUCUUUCCCUCAAUCGUGACAUGUUUCCCUUCGGAAUGAAGCUUCUUUAUAGGACGUGUCUGGUUUCAGCCACAUAUGUUAUUGGUAAUUGUUGCCAGUUUGGUUUUAGAAUCAAAAAAAUGUUCUGGAGGCUUUUUUGAGCCUCUUAGUGAUGAAUGACUGCUGUUUGCUUCUGCUGUAAAGAAACUCUGGAUGUCAUUUGAAGUUAUUUUGAAGGUUCCCUGUUUCCCAAUCAUUUCUGUUUGUUCUUUAAAAAGAAAGAAGAAUCCUGGUAUUUUUUUAUUUUUUUAGAAAUUGAGUUGAAACUUGAUAAUUUUUUCCAAUUUAACACAAACUUUUAAUAAACUUUUGAGGCCACAUUAAUCCUGAUUUUUAUGGUAGCAUUUAGAGAAACCAUUUUAAUGACAGACAGAAAAUGGACGAGUAAAUUUAAUUUAAUUUAAUUUAAUUUAAUUUAUUCAGCUUAUUAACCACAGGACAAGGCUGUUUAUGAUCAAAGUCAGUGGAUUUAUAUAAUAAAACAUACAAUAAAACACAAAUUAAUUUGGAAUUUUUAUAUUUUUUAAAUUUAUCAAGUUUUAUGGGUUAAAUUAUGACUCAAAGAAAAGGAAACUAUAGAGUACAUUGCAGUAAAUAAUACAAAAAAAUAACUUAAAAACACUGAAAUGAACAAGAAGCAGUUGAGUUGAUUGAAAGCUGGCGUGAUCAUUAAUAAGGGAAGGGGAAAACAAAGUCAUCCUACCAAAUACAACCUUAGAAAAUCAUGAAAACACAUAAUUAUGAUUAAAACAAAAUGUAAGUUACGCCACCGUGCUCAUAAAAACAUUAAAAAAGGUAUCCGACAUUAAAAAAUAAAAAAAAUUCAGUGUUAAAAAUAUAAUUUUUAAAAUUUAAUUGAUAUAAAAUUAAAAUUUUUCAUUCAAUAUUAAGUUUGACAACAGAAUAAGUUUAAAUCUUGGUUAUAAUGCUAAGUUUCCACUAAACCUUUUACCUUUUACCCUGAAGUUUUGGUCAUAGAAACUCAAGAAAAAAAAAAAAACCUACUAUUUGACAAGUGAUCAAUACACUUUCAAUGCAAACCCUGUUAAAUGAGGUAUUUGAAGUUAUCAGCAAAACUUUUAUUUUCUAAAUGAAGCUACAAGAAGUUUCCAGAUCUGCAUGUGUGCAGUAACUCACUCCGUCCAGAAGGAGGCGGUGUGGUCAAGCAUGUUUCAGCUGCUCUACAGUGAAUCUUUAGUGGACCAUGAGUGACAGAUAUGAAAACAACCAUAAACAUCCAGCAAAAAUGGUUUUCUGCUUGUUAGACAACAACACAAAACCAGAGGAAAGGAACCGAUACUCCACAGAUGUAUCAAGACAAAGUUUGAGCCCGCCUCAAAGUGGUGGAGGGAGGAGAGCGGAUUAACCGCCAUAAGAAAGCAGCUGCUUUUAUUGAAACCUGUUAUUGGCGUGCCAAGAUUACACUGAACAACAACAACCCUCCUCCCUGGAAGCCAAUAAAUUCUGACAACAAACGCUUGGCUUGCCUACAACUCCGUUAGGAGCUGCAGAGGUCGGCCUUAAUGAUACUUGGUAACUACUACAGCUAUUAAAUUAAAUGAGUAAAAAGGGAAAACAACAAAAAAAGAUGGGGUAUAUGGGAAUAUUAUGGGGCCUGACUCAUUUAGGCAUCCUCACGAAAACGCAUGACUUUGAAGUGUGUGUGCUGCAUGAAUGAUUGUGUAAAAAAACAGAAAAAAA